UCUGACUGCAAGUCCGACCGACUCCUCCGUUUGUUUUUAUUACUCUCUCUUUUUUUAAAUGCAGGGGCCUAGAUUCGUUAAUCUGCGAAAUUACGGCCAUAAUGUAAGAUUAUCGGCCGCUGUUUCCAGACCCAUCGCUGUCGUUCGUCCUGUUCGGAGCAGCGGCUCGCUGUUGAGGAUUACUAGUGAUAAUACGCAGUAGACUUCUCCAGUGUGUCUAGCUGUCAAACUGAACACUGUAUUGGAAAGAGUAGACGGGAGCACAUUUGUUGAUAUUUAUUGACUUUGCUUUGCGUGUCUUUCCCCCCUCAUUUUUCCUUGUCUUCUUGGAUUAUCGCUGCCCAGCAACACAGCCACCUGACAACUCUGAAUGUCGUAAUUAAGGUGAAUCAAUGAGCCAGCAAUGGAGACCAAAAGAUACCAAAGUUUCUUUGAUGGAGAUGACACAGAGAGCAAAUGGUCUCAGGUCCCUAACACUAUGGAGUACUGCUGCAGCACAGAAGAUUCGAGUCUGACUAGCAGUGAUAUCCUGAUGGACAUAGCCAAUGUCAGUUGCCCUGCUGGAAGUCCGGCAGCUGACAGCAAAGACGACAACACUAAGAAGCAGGAGCAGCCAAUGAUUCGGCUCAGCCAGAACCAGCCAUUUGUUCUCCCACACUUCAACAAUUCCAUGCAUGGUCAUAAGCAGGAAAUGGACUCCAAGGAGCUUUCCAAGACUGUGGCUGAGUCUAUGGGCCUGUAUAUGAAUGCUGCCAGGGAGGCUGACUUUGCUUUUAGCCAGCAUGGAAGCAGCACAAGCCCUGGGAGGCUGUAUCCAGUAUGUGGACGGCCUCUGGAGGAGAACCAGUGUGGCUCAACAAAGAGCCCUAAAUUAAAGUCAUUUGGUUUCCAGCAGCAAAACUCCAAUCCCAGAGAAUGCACCACUGGGACUCCAGUUAGCUCAGCGUCUAUGCUGGCCUCCUCUUUGUCCUGCAGUCCUAAGACCUCCAGCUCCAUUUCAAGUCCUGGCGGCAGUAACAAUAUGGUGACGUCUACCACCAGUCCUCCUGCGUGCUUUGGGCCACUCUGCUCAUCUGUCAGUAGUCCUGUGAGCCAGACUUUAUGUGCUGCAACUCUAGCCAACAUCAAGCGCAGGAAUUCAGUCACAUGUAGCCCUGUAGAGUCCAGCACAGUUGGUUCACCACCACUCACCAGCCCGCUCAAUGUCAUGAGGUCCCCCAUGUCCAGUCCACAGAGCAUGGGUAGUGUGAGAUCUCCUCCAUCCUGCAGCACGACAUGUAACAUUAGGUCAUCUGUGUCAAGCCCUACAGGUGGUACCUGUGCUGGGACCACCAACAGUUGCAAUGCAGUAAGACCCUCCAUCUCCAGUCCGGCCACUGGGGGCACUAUGGCUGUCAGCAGCCCACAGAACCCGUCCUCUGCUGGGUUUCCUGUGUCUAGUCCUGCUGGUGGGCUGGGCUUGGUGCAGAAUGAUACCAACAGCCCAGAAGCUGCGGGGCUGCCCAGAGACGCAGACUUCAAGAAUUUUGAGUUUCCCAAAGUAGAGAUGGUAGAUGGGGAGGUGUUCAGUGUCGGUUUAGAUCAGAUGGGCAUGGUUAAGUACAUUAAAAACGAGCCUGGGACUGAUUCGUUCAGAAGCAUGUGUUUAGGCAGCUCAAAAUGUAAUGCAAGUAGCACACCUUUUAUCACACAGAUUAAGAGUGAACCAAACAAAAUAGAGGGUUGUAUGAACCAACAGCCAUAUGGUGAGCAGUCACCAUCUCUCGGUCUCUUCCCUGCAUCUGAGACUACAUACUUGUCCCUGAGGAAUAACACAGAUGAAUACAGUCUUUCUGGGAUCUUAGGACCCCCUGUUUCCUCUGUGAAUGGCAACUAUGAGCCUGACAUGUUCUCCAACAAUGUCCUGUCUAAAGGGGUUAAGCAAGAGUCUACUGAUGGCAGCUAUUACCAAGAGAAUAACAGCAUGUCUACAUCCGCCAUUGUUGGAGUUAAUUCCGGUGGACACUCAUUCCAUUACCAGAUUGGAGCGCAAGGAACAAUGUCAUUUACACGGCAUGAUGUGAGAGACCAGUCCAACCCAUUGUUGAAUCUAAUUUCACCUGUAACGGCAUUAAUGGAGUCGUGGAAAUCUCGGCCAGGCAUGUCACAGGGGUCACUGUCAGCCAGAGGUGAAGGAUACCCGGGCCAGAACUGCAUUGCUGACAGCAUGUCAAGCUCACCACUGAGACAACCUUCCUCGACAGCCAAAGUGUGCCUGGUCUGUGGAGACGAGGCAUCAGGGUGUCACUACGGUGUGGUGACAUGUGGAAGCUGCAAAGUGUUCUUCAAAAGAGCUGUAGAAGGUCAGCACAACUACCUUUGUGCCGGGAGAAAUGACUGUAUCAUUGACAAGAUCCGAAGGAAAAACUGUCCCGCAUGCCGUGUACGGAAGUGUCUGCAAGCUGGGAUGAACCUUGGAGCACGAAAAUCCAAGAAGUUGAAGCUGAAGGGAGUCAGUGAGGACCUGCAGGGCUCUAAAGAUGGCCAAAUUGCCACAGGUGGCAUUGGAGGAGGUUACCUGUCCUCAGAAAAGGAGCUGAAUGCCAGUGCUGCCAAUGCCCUGGUGCCCCAUGGACCUGGGUUGGUCACACCUUUUCUGCCGCCCUCCAUCUGCAGUGUGUUGGAGCUGAUUGAACCUGAAGAGGUGUACUCCGGCUAUGACAACACACAGCCUGACACAACUGACCACCUGCUGUCCAGUCUCAACCGCCUGGCUGGAAAGCAGAUGGUACGCAUGGUGAAGUGGGCCAAAGUACUUCCAGGCUUCCGGGGCCUGCCAAUCGAGGACCAAAUUACCCUGAUCCAGUACUCAUGGAUGUGUCUGUCCUCCUUUUGCCUCAGUUGGCGCUCCUACAAACACACAAAUGGACAGAUGCUCUACUUUGCUCCUGAUCUCAUCUUUAACGAGGACCGUAUGCGGCAGUCAGCCAUGUACGACCUGUGUCUGGGCAUGAGGCAAGUAAGCCAGGAAUUUGUCCGAUUGCAGCUAACCUAUGAUGAGUUCCUCUCAAUGAAGGUUCUCCUGCUUCUCAGCACAGUUCCCAAAGAGGGUCUUAAGAACCAGGCGGCAUUCGAGGAGAUGAGGGUUAAUUACAUCAAGGAGCUCCGGCGUUCAGUGGGAAAAGCAACCAACAACUCUGGCCAAACCUGGCAGCGCUUCUUCCAGCUCACCAAGCUGCUAGAUGCCAUGCAUGAUCUGGUGGGGAACUUGUUGGACUUCUGUUUCUACACCUUUCGUGAGUCCCAGGCCCUAAAGGUGGAGUUCCCUGAAAUGUUGGUCGAGAUCAUCAGUGACCAAAUACCAAAGGUGGAGUCAGGCCUCACUCACACAAUCUACUUCCACAAGAAGUGACUUGCUUCACAGCUGGUACAGACGUGGCAUUAAGAACUGGAAAAGAGGAGAAAAGUUCACGGAAGAGAAAACGUGCAAGGAUGGCCUGACCCAUUGGCCCGCACACUGUCGCCCAGUAUGCCAGCAUCCUUGUCUUGGAUGUCAAAGUUACGUGACGUGGUGACACAAGUGAAAAGGAGAGAAAGAUUUGACACUGCAGUCAUCGUGAGCGUUUCAGAGCUGUGAAUAGUUUGAGAAAACAAGCACGACUCGAUGAGAAGGACUUUGGACAAAUGUGACAAAGCAUCCCUAAGUAUGCCCAUGCACCCCUGCCCCAAAGACGAUAACAGUAUUUUCUAUGGAGUUAAAGCCAUACAUUUCCUAGAAUGCAUUAGAUACAUUCAUUACACAAAAUAGAAGAAAAUUGAUCCACAUGCCUUCACACAGACACACAGAUGAACUCUGCACGCACUUAAAUGAGAUUCACUUACAAAUUUAGAGAAAAGGUUUUUGCAAAUAUUAACUCCAGCUUAUGCAGUCUUUUACAAAUAAUCACACUAGGAAAAAUUAUGCCAAUACAAGAUUAGCUUUGCAGUGUAGCAACAAGACUACAGGGCAAAGGACUUCACGAGGAGAGACAGAAAUUUAAGACUGUAUGGCAAAAGGUCUAUUUGAAGAUAUCCCAAGGGCUAUAUGAGCAUCACCAUAAACUAAAUAAAUACAUUAAAUCUGACAAGUCCAAUUUUGAAUCUCAAUCUGUAUCAUAACAGCCAUCUUUCACAUUUGCAUACGGAGUUUGUUAAUGUUUAAAAUGUGUAGUAAAACAAUCAAAACUAAUAUGCAAAAGUUAAAAGCUGUUUUGAAAUUAAUAUGUCUCUCCAGCGUAAAGAAAGCUUGCACAUAGAACUCCCAUGUCAUAUAGUCACUAUUUUCAAGACAUUAUGGUUGUAGAAUUGAGACAAUAUUUGAUCAACAUUUCACCCUUUUUCAAAAGGAGGUGAGAUGUGCUGCAGGAUAAAAUAAUGCAUUCACAAAAACUAUUUCAGUAAGAGUCGGCUGGUAUUGGAUUGGACUGAGGUGCGUCCAUAUUAAUAGCUGUCAUUUGUGUUAUCUCCAGAGCAGCUGUCCAAAUGUCUGUUUUUACUCACAAUGAAGCAAAACCAGCCCUUUGUGAACCUAAUCUUAUCUACUCUUCCCAGAAAUAAUAAAAAGCAUUUUAUAAAAGUGUGUUGCAAAGGUUUAGUUUUUGACAAGCCAGUCAUUUUACAUUAAGGUGCUUCAUUUCUAUAAAACCAGGCAAGACGUAACAUGUACAGUAACUAGUAGACAGUCCAUACAGUACAAUAUAUGGACACACAGUUUAAAAACACAUACUCUGUAAAGUUGAUAUUAUCCAUAAUGGAGCGUUACUCUACAGUGCUUGCAGCUAACGCAUCAAUACCAGGCAAAUGUGUUCAGGUAUUAACAACUUCUUAAACACAUUCUUUUUAGUUGUUGUACAGAAGAUGUUUUGAAGUACGUGCUGAUGAAUGCUUGAUGAAGAACAGAUAAUAUUGUUGGUAUGAUCACCUUUCCUAAUUUUGUUUUCAUUCUUAAUUUUGGGCCAAGUUGUGCUUGGUUAUGGCCGGCCCUGUCUUCUAGACCAUUAACUUGUCUCACACCCCACUGGUCUCUGGAUGGUUGUGGAGCUUUACUGUGAUGCUACUGAAAAGCGAUAAAGUCGCUGGGGAAAGAAAGCUAGUGUGGGAGAAGGUGUGGUCAUUAUUCGGACAUUGUGGCCUAUAAGUGUGUAUUUAUGUGUGUGUGUAGGGGGUGAGUGUGACUUCAGUUUGUGUGUCUGAGUGUGGAUUCCUUUUUUUUUUUUUUUUUUCCUGGCAAGCAUGUGAAUAUUCUAUCUGCUCUUUUAGUGUGGGUAUUAUGCAUAUAUGCUAUAGGUUUAGCCAUAUCCUAUUUCCAAAUUUAGAUUUGCACAGAGGAGAUGUAAUGUGAAAUGAGGCAUGCAUUUGUGCAGCUAGCAGAAAUGGUCUGUUUCUUUAAGCAACUGUGAUAAUGGGAGGAAGACUUUCUGCACGGUCACUCAGCCUAAAGUUAGACAACAUGACAUCAGAAACGCAACAGGGUGCAAGUGGCCUGAUCUCUCUUAAUAACACUGCUGUACCACACAGUGGAAGUCUCCUCUGUGGUGGUAAUUGUUUGAAGACUGGCAUUCAAAAGACAUGGAGGUGCCAUACUUGCAGUGUCAUUCAGAGUCUACUAUAAUUAGUGAGCAAGUGAUAGGGAUCAGAAAAGGGGAAGGGUUGUAUCCUUUCAUGUCUUAUCAAAAAAGGGUAGUCCACAUUGGGAGAGCAAACGAGUAUGUGUUAAUUUUUUCUUCCCAAAGCUUUUUUUUUUUUUCAUGAAUAAUAGAAUAAAAAAUAUCAGGUGGUGUACAGGCCUGAUUCAGUCAUUUAUUGGCUUUUACAAGCCGAAAGCAGCUCUUUUGGCAGGAUUGACGCUCUUUUGUUAUGUAAAGUUAGCCAAUAAUAUCAUUCUUCACCGCAAUAAUUUUCUGAUAAUACCUGAUCAGAAAGGCCUCAUUUUACGUCUUUGUUGUGCCCUUUCGCUAAUCUCUCUCUAUUUCUUUUGCCCCAUUUGUGUCCUUUUUAAAGAAUUAAAAAACCUUCACUGUCAGCGGUUCAUAGGAUGAAUGGGAAAGUAUUUUUGAGAGAAUUAUAUUUUGCUGGAAAAUAAUAUUUAAGUACUUUGUCUAAAAAUGAUAUCCUUUUUGUAAAAUGAAUUGUUAUUGCAUGCUUUUUGAUGAGAUGUUUACAUUGUAUUUAAAAAAAAGGGAAACUUGUGCCUUUUUAUCUCACCUGAUUUACAAUUUUACAGUAUAUAUUGUAAAUAAUACAGCAAGUCUCUAUGUUGAGUAUAGUAUAAAACAUUUCUACUUUAAUCAUCUUGUUAAAAUAUUGGACAAAAAAAAGUGUGUUUCCCACUCGCCAUGUUCAGUGUGUUGGGUCACAGAGAAUAAUUUAAAGUGAGGGUUGGCACCAGAAAGGGCCAAAUAGAGAAAUGAAUGUAUCAUACAUAGUGAAAGACUUAUGGAACUUACUACCUGAAUGUUAGUGAGAGUACAUUUAUUAUCUUCUUAUUAAGUACAGUUACUUGAUUUGCUUUUUGUUUUUGUUUUUUUUCUUUUUCUUUUUCUUUUUUUUACAUUUGCAUCAUUGUUCACUUGACUCAAAAAGAAAAAAAAAAUUAAAAAGCAUUUCUUAUUUUGUAACAAGAUGUAUUUAGUGAUGGAUCCUUGUUGCUGUUGAAAUGAUUUCCUAACCCAUGGCGGUAUUGUUGAUAAGCACCACAAUAAAAAUCAAGAAGUCACAAACUAUUGAAACUGGGAUAUGUGAAAGAAAGUUCUUGACUUUUUGGUUUGAGGGGAAAUAAAACACGUUUGUGCACACACAGAAUCCCACAAAAUCUUUGGAGCAGCGAAUGAGGAGUAAUAGACAUGUCUGCAAUUCAUCAUGUGACUUUUUCUUUUGCACUAACUGCCAAAGUUAAACCACAGAAAAUGUUUGACCCAAAGAGGGAUUAAGUAAUUAAAAUCCCCAUAUGAUGCUUCUGCCAUUUAGAAAUACAAAUUCUGACUGUUCUUCCUCUUUUUUUUUUAUCUCCUCUGUAUUUCCUUUUUAUUUUUUGGCAGCUUGAAGGUACAGUUUGACAUUAUGGAAAAUACACUAAAUAACUGCACUGCUGAAAGCUGGAUCAGAAGAUUGGUACCAUUUAAUGUGAAGCUGCAACACCAGAUAUAAAUAUAUAAAUCUAUGAUAAAUCAUGAAUCGUCAGAACAUGAGGGACAUGAGAGCAAGAGGACAGUUUUAUUUUUUUAUUCUUUAUUUUUUUAAUGGGUUGUUUGAAGAACUUGCAAGUGGUCAGUGAUGAUACUCUUAGUUUGGAAAAAACACAUCAUCUAAACCAGUGGUUUCUCAAAGUAAUCAAAGUUUUUGUCCUAAAUAAAAGG